CGAAAGCGGCGAACGAAGAGGAAAUUGUAGAGAAAACUGUUCAGGAUGGUUCGAACGGAGGGUUAUAGUGUGAUUUUGUUCUGGGUCGGGAAGUGAAUUUCUUCUCGUGAACUCAAACAAUGCCUAGCCUUCAAUUUACAAUGAUAAUCGCCACCGAUCAGACAAGAAUGGAAUUAAAGAGAAACUAAUAAAAGCAGAAUCGAGUGCCGAGCGGAAUUCUAAUUUUCUAUGGUUUUAGUUCAACGCAAUCGACGUAAACUGUUCAAACGUUCGCGAUGGAAAGCAAAAGUUUUAACAAUUUCAAAAGUUACGUAGGUCUGGAGGAACAUGAGAUGCAGCCACUGGGUUCUAGUCGACGUAAUUCUUUAACCGAGAAUAAUGUAAAAUUGUUACCCGGUGAAUGUAUGGUCACCAAAGCACAAAGUGUUCUUAUGUUUUCACCUGUCAGUGAUUUAAAACAAGGAACAUCUGGCAUUUUAUCUGUUACAAAUUUCAAGCUUACUUUCAUCACGACUGAAGAUACAAAUGGAGAAGAUGUGGCCCGUCAACAGAAUCAUCUCUAUGGAUACAUGGAUACAUGUUUAACAAACAUACAGGAUAUUUAUGUAACUGUAGGGGAUAAGAAAAGAAAAUUGGUACCUGGAAAUACAGUACCAUCUAAAGUAAAAGGAAUAUUUAUUAUUUGUAAAAAUUUACGAACGUGGUCCUUUUCUUUCAAAUUCUCACCCAUUGGAGAUGGAAAAAAUCUUUUGCAAGCAUUAUUACAUCAUACUUUUCCUAGUAAACACGAUUUGUUAUUUGCUUAUGAUUACCAAGAAGCUUAUUAUAGUAGUCUUGAUAAAACUGUCCGCUUAUUUCGGGACAUUUCAGACUGGUAUAAUGAAUUAGAACGAACCAUAUGUAAUGAAAAGUUCAGAAAGUUGUGGAGACUGUCUACAGUUAAUAUAGACUUUAAGCUUUGUCGUAGCUUAUCACGGUAUAUUAUUGUACCAGCAUCCAUUACUGAUAGUCAACUAAUGGACGCAGCUAAGCACUUCCAAGGCAGCCGUCCACCAAUUUGGGCCUGGUCAAGUGCACACGGUGCUGCAUUAGUAAAAAUGCCUGAGCUUUCGCCGUUGGUUACCAACAGAAUGCAGGAGAAUAUCAUGUUCGAGAAUGUCCGCAAAAGUCAUCCACAAAAAAUGCCUCCGAUUGUUUUAGAGUUAAAUAAAGACAUUAAUAUAAAGUUAAUAGCCAUAGCUUUCUCAAAAUUUGCCAGUCUGUGCUCUCCAGAAAAUAUAAGGCAAUUUUGGCUUCAGGAUAAUAAUUUUUAUUCGUCCGUGGAGAACACUAAGUGGUUGAAGUACGUAUCGUAUUGUUUGAGUAAAACUGUCGAAACUUGCAAUCAUCUUCACUCAGGAUUUUCUGUUAUUUUACAAGAAGGCGCUGGCACAGAUCUUUGUUGCAUUAUAUCGAGCUUAGUCCAAUUGUUGCUUGACCCUUAUUUUCGUACUUUAAACGGGUUCCAGUCACUUUUACAGAAGGAAUGGGUUGCCGGUGGACAUCCAUUUUGUGAUAGAUUAGGUCAUAUUGCAAAAAGGCCCAUGGAGAAGUCUCCGCUAUUCCUUUUAUACCUUGACUGUGUUUGGCAAUUGAUUCAACAAUUUCCAGCGGAAUUCGAAUUCACGGAAACGUACCUGACGACUUUAUGGGACGCUGCCCAUGUUUGCAUUUUCGACACGUUCAUUUUCAAUUGCGAGAAGGACCGAGUGGCGGCAGCUACGGACCCAGAAAAACCUCUCGUUUUACGGAGCGUCUGGGAUUGGAGGGAGCAGUUCAACGACCAAGAUAUUUUAUUGUUUUACAAUCCUCUGUACAAUCCUCGUGUAGCAGAUUCGAGUGAAAAGUGUGAGAUUAAACCGCUAUACCAUAUCGCGACCAUAGAACUUUGGACACAGUGUUACUUUCGUUGGAUACCGACUUUGGAGAUCCGUAAUGGUGGACAAAAUCACAUAGAGCUUUACGUGAGACUACUACGAAACGAUGUGAAUCAAUUGAGAAUGAACAUAAAUGGCAACUGUGGAUCGCCAAUCAAUAAAUCGAACAGCUAUUCUGUACCAAUGAACAUCGAUAGCUUCUAUCCGUUUUCGAAUAAAAAAUCGGGCAACUCAGUAAGUGCACCGAUCAUGAACAGCUCUAUCCUUGCUACAGAGAGCUUGCUAGAAGCGCAGUCUUUGAUCACUGCAACCGACUGAUGUACAUAUCUCACGCUAACAAUUGUUCUUUUUAACAUUAGAAAAAAGGAGAGAUAUCUCUGUUGCAGUUGCAAGGAGAUUAAAAGUGC